AUGGGUUCGAUCUUGACCAAGGUCGACGAGGCUGUCAAUGCCGUCAGUCCCCUCGGCGCCGUGACACGCUUGCAGGAAGUCGGCAGAGAGGAGGCGGCGCUGCAGGCGCUGCUCUCGUCGUCAGGCGACUCGUUCCCAGGGUCGGGACACCGGCCGGAGAACCGCAAGACGUGGAUGGAAGGCCUUGGACCCAACAACGUGCGCGUGCACCAGGUGGUGUGGCCGGGCACACACGACUCGGCUACCAACGGCAUCGGCAUCGACCUCAUCACCCGGCCCUUCGCGCAGUGCCAGACGCUGUCCGUCUACGAGCAGCUCGCCACGGGGUGCCGGGUCCUCGACGUGCGCGUCCAGGAGGACCGCCGCGUCUGCCACGGGAUCGUCACCGGCUACCCCGUCGACGUCGUGCUGGACGACGUCAAGAGGUUCCUGGCCGAGACAAGCUCGGAGAUCAUCAUCCUCGAGAUGCGCACCGAGUUUGGCAAGCAAGACCCGGCGGGGUUCGAUCAGUUCCUCGUCGACAGGCUCGGCGACCACCUGAUCCGGCAGGACGACCAAGUGUUCAACAAGACCAUCGCCGAGCUGCUCCCCAGGCGGGUCAUCUGCGUGUGGAAGCCGAGCCAGUCGCCGGCUCCCAACCCCGGCGGCCUCCUGUGGAGCGCAGGGUACCUCAGGGACGACUGGAUCGACACGGACAUGCCCAAGACCAAGUUCGACAGCAACCUCAGCUCGCUGAGCCGGCAGCCUCCGGUGUCCGGGAGGAAGUACUGGUACCGGGUGGAGAACACGGCAACGCCUAAGGGCGACAACGUGUACGUGUCCUCGGCUGUUGAGCCGGUGACGCGGCGGAUCCACAGGUUCGCGCGGCUCUUCAUCUCCCAGGUGUUUGCCAAGGGCCAUGGCGACAAGCUGCAGGUCUUGUCCACGGACUUCAUCGACGAGGACUUCGUCGACGCCUGCGUCGGCGUGACUUGGUCGCGUCUUGCUUGA